CGUCAUCUCUAAUCGCCUCACGACAUGGCACUUGACGUCCGGGCAUUCGUUGUAAAUGAAGGACAUUUGUGUGAGUCUGGACGUUUAAACUGUAUUACUGUCUGUUCUUGUCUUUAACAAACAUUAAAUCAUGCCUCGGUAUGAACUUGCCCUCAUUGUAAAAGCCAUGCAGAGGCCGGAGACCGCGGCACUUUUACGGCGCACAGUGGAAACCUUGAUGGAGCGAGGCGCUGUGGUGAGAGGCUUGGAAAACCUCGGAGAGAAACUUCUACCGUACAAGAUAUCGAAACAUAACGAGCGACAUUCGCGCGGUGGAUACUUUCUGAUUGACUUCCACGCCGCUCCCGGUAUUGUCACGGGCUUGCUGGAUCAUCUGGAGCGGGACAUUGACGUGGUGAGGCCUACGGUCUUGAAGAAUGAUCCGGAACCUUCCAAUGGAUCCUGCUGCGGAUCCCCGGUGGCAUCUAAACUCAAGGACACUGUGUAUAAAUGAACGGUCACCAUAAGUUCUUUCUAGUUGCACAGCUUCUGUGACACAUUGGGAAGUGGAUAGCCAGGCUUUUGCCUGGGUGCCAGUUUAUUUCUGCUCCGCUUGCCAACAAUUUAGAAAUAGAAGACAGGGCUUUUUCACAUCCUGAGUGAAGACUCACAUCAUCGUCAUGUUCAUUAGACACCAAACGGAAGAAAAUUGACAGGCACCACCUGGACACAGAACCAUCUCAAAAUUACAAUGUAUCAUUGAGUACGUUUUUGGUAUACAACAUGUAAACACUUUCCAUGGUCAUUCAUACCAACCAAUAUACUGUAAUACUAUUUCAGUGCCAUCUGCUUUAAGAGUUGAUUAAAUGACUAAACAAAUUA